AUGAUUUAUAGCGAAUCUGAUCUGAGAACUGAAACUGAGUUAAACAAAAAAGAAACAUAUGAUGCCAAAUCAUUGGGCACGUCUGUUGCUGGCACUGUAUAUUGUAGCCACAUGGUUAUUGGAAGUCGCUGGCUGCGGCAAGAAGAAAGUCACUUGUCUCCCGGAAAACCCUCCUUGCAAGCCGUAAACUGCCCGUGUUUUAGCGAUGGACAAACAGUUGUAUCAAGAGGUGGUCGUUCUUCUAGUGACUUUACUGCUAUCCUCCAUUUUGCAAACGACCGAAAAGCAGUGAUUAAUCCAAGAGUGAGCCGAGCCGUUGACGCGUUGACGUUAGGCAUGGUCGCCGUGUCGUGGUCAUUGCAUCCCACCUCCCGACAAAGUCAAAGUGAUUUUGAAGAAUUCACGCGGGUGACGUCACCUGAUGUACCCGACGCUGUUGCCCUUGUUCCUACACACCGUCCUCCUAGUGCUGAAGGUUUUAGACUGUUAAAAGCGCGCCACAAUCGCCAGGACUGCCCUCGGCUGCCGCACCUCAGAAGUUUAUGA